AUGGGUGACGCGGAUUUCGCCAAAGUGCACAAUUCCUCAAUUUUCCUAGAAGAUCCUCCUAUAGCGCAUGUCGACAUGAAAUUUAUCGUGGAUGGUUUCAAGAAAUCAUGUUUGGUGCAUGCUUUGACUAUCAGUCCCGCCAUUUACCAAAAUCUUAUAAGAGAAUUCAGGCAAUUUGUUGUUGUGAAGAAGAACAAUAAAGGAGAAAAAUUCAUUGAAGCUACAAUGGAAAACAAGCAGAUUCAUAUUCGGGAAGUUUUGGACCACAUUGGAUAUGAAGGGACUUUUCCUCCUACCAUUAAGAAACUGCUUCCUCCGUGCAUGAAGUAUCCAGCUCAUAUCUUUGUGAGUUGCAUCUUUGGCCGAAGAUCCGGGGCAAAUGAGAUUUCUUUGGUUAAUACCGGUGCUAUCGCUGCUCUGGCUGCAGGAUAUGACUUUAACUUCUCGAAGUUCAUUCUAAAUGAGAUGAUUCUUAACUUAGAAGGGAACAAGAGAGAUAAAUUUAUGAUGUAUCCACGAUUAGUGCAAAUCAUCCUUAACGUGACUCAUCCUAAGUUGCAGAGAGGAAAUGAAGUGUUGGAUCUAAAAUCCAUUGGUCCAAAUGCCUUUGGAUUAAUGAAGCAGAAGAGAACAGGAAAAUUUGUGUUCGAAGGAAAAUUCCCCUUGAUCAAGUUUGGUAUUUUUGAAGAAAGAGAUAAAGAAGAAUCUGAAGAACACCCUGUUCUAGUGGAGUCUGAAGACACACAUCAUUCUGGGUCUGAGCCUGAAAUUGAAGUAAUCUUUGAUUCACCCAUGGCUUUCGUAGCUGAGGAACAUGAUUUUCAAAAAUCAAGUGGAUCAAAAUCUACCCAAGAAGAUGAUGAUGAGAGUCUAUAUAAUGAUGUAGAUUUCUUGAAAGCGAUUGAUUUUACAGGAAUUGGUGAUCAUAUUCCCACCAAUAUUGAAUUUGAUCUGAGUGACGAAGACUGUGGCAUGUUUCCUGAGACCCUCAACAACUGUGCAAAUAAAGCCGAUGAAGCUGCUUCUUCAGCAGCCAAGGCUAGAGAUGAAGGAAGCAAUCUCAAAAUUCUACUUUCCUGCUCAAAGCCUCUGGACAAUACUUCAAGUCAAGCGGAUACUUCGUCUAAAUCAAGUCAACCUCUUGCAAGUCUGGAGGUUCCUGUAACUAAAAGUGCACCACAAGUCCUAUCAACCAUUACAACCACUAUUCAGUCUUAUCCUCUUCCCUCUCAAGAAGGCCCAAGUACAAAUUUUGAAACUGGUGGAUCUUCUUCGAUACCAGAAUACUCUCCUACACGACCAUCUAUGGAUGAAGCUUCGAUAAGGUUGGCCAAACACUUGGCUCAAAUAGAUACAGUGCCCUCACAUGGAAAGGGAAUAUCCUUCAGAGAGGGGCAAUCACAUUCCGAUGAUGAUGACUUCCCGUUAGAUCCUCCUGCUCCCAGAAAAACUAUUGUAAUAAACCGUUUCGAAAAAGAACCCGAAGGGAGUGAAGCCAGAGUUACAGCCAAACAGGGAAAAAGAAUUAUCUCUGAAGGUCAAAGAGAGGGUCUCUUGUUUAUGAAAAACUCCAACGAGAAUCGCAGAGCAAAGGAUCCUGUCUUGAUUGUAACUGACCUGAAGAAACAAAAAUUUGGUGAUAUGUAUGGAGAUAGAUAA